AUGGACGGAGAAAUACACAGUCUCGAAUCGAUCAUCAAUAACAAUCUCAAUGGCUACGAUCUUGAGCAGUAUAACCGAAUACAUUACGGCAGAACUAACCAUAUAGAGGUGAACCUCAAGGAAUCGUCAUCGAAUACCGCAAAUGACGCCAAUUUUGACAUAGCAGCGUACUCAUUUCCCGCCAAGGAGGAGCAGACGAGAUCCCCGAGGAUAGUAAAGAUAGGGUUAAUCCAGCACUCGAUAGUUACACCGACGGACCAAUCGAUCAUCGAUCAAAAGAACGCAAUCUUGCAAAAGGUCAAGACGAUCAUAGACACCGCCGGCGAGGAAGGGGUCAACGUCCUCUGUCUCCAAGAGCUGUGGAAUAUGCCGAUAUUCUUCGGCAGCAGGGAGAAGCAGCCCUGGUGUGAGUUCUCGGAGUCCGCGGAGGACGGACCCACCACCAGAUUCCUACGAGAGCUAGCAAUUAAAUACGCGAUGGUCAUAGUCUCUUCCAUCCUCGAGCGCGACGAAAACCACGGCGACGUGCUGUGGAACACCGCCGUCGUGAUCAGCGACACCGGCAACGUGAUAGGAAAGCACCGGAAGAGCCACAUCCCCAGGGGUGGCGACCUCAACGAGUCCACCUACUACAUGGAGGGCAACACCGGUCACCCCGUGUUCGCGACGCGCUACGGCAAGAUCGCGGUCAACAUCGGCUUCGGCCGGCACCACGUGCUCAACUGGAUGAUCUUCGGGCUGAACGGCGCCGAGAUCGUCUUCAACCCAUCCGCCACGGUCGGCGGGGACUGCGGCAGCGAGCAUACGUGGAACAUCGGGGCGAGGAACGCCGCCAUCACCAACGGCUACUUCACCGCGGCGAUAAACAGAGUGGGUUACGAGAGGUUCCCCAAUGAGUUCACGUCUGGUGACGGAAUGCCUGCCCACAACGUCUUAGGACCCUUCUACGGGUCCAGCUACAUCUGUGGGCCCAAUGGUGUCCGCUCGCCAGGACUCUCGCGCACCAGGGACGGCCUCCUAAUUGGCGUUUUAGACCUGAACCUCAAUAGACAGGUAAGGGACAGCGCGUGCUAUCAAAUGACGCAGAGAUUGGAGCUGUACUUGAAAAGUCUGAGUAAGGCCCUAGAUUUUAACUACGACCCGCAAGUUAUUCACGAACACAGAAAA